AUGUGUCCACAUAUUUCUUCUCCUUCUGAAUAUAUCCACAUAUUUCUUCUUCUUCUUCUUCUUCUUCUUCUUCUUCUUCUUUUUCUUCUCUUAAUGUGUCAACAUAUUUCUUCUUCUUCUUCUUCUUCUUCUUCUUUACACCUUUCAGAAGAAAUGGAGGAGCUGAAUUUUUCUGCUUAUUCUUAUUGCUCCUGUAAAAGUAGUUAUAUUAGUAGUAGUAUUUUUUUCUUUUUCUUCUUCCUUUUCAAAUUACGCUUUCAAUUUUUUCCUAUGUACUUUUCUUCUCCAUCGUCAAAUAGUUUUCCUCCUCCUUCUAUGAACUGUUUUUUCUUCUCCUUCGUUUUACUUCUUCUUCACCUUCGUCACUAUAGAAUUCUUACUUCUCCUUAUCUUCAUACUUACCAAAAAAAUUCUUCUUUUUCUUUUUCUUCUUCUUUAUUGACUUCUUUUUUCUUUAUUAUCUAUGAUAAAAUGUUUCUUUCUUCCAGUUUUCAUUCGUUCUUCUUUUCCUUCAUCUUUUUCUUCUUCUGUUUCUUGCAUUUCUCCACUUUUUCUAUUUUUCACUCCGUAGUCAUGAACAUGUUUGUUUUUAUUGCUGAACUUCUUCUUCUUCUUCCUCUUCUUCUUCUUCUUCUUCUUCUUCUUCUUCUUCUUCUUCUUCUUCUUCUUCCGUUUCCUUUCUCAGCUGCACUUUUUUGCUUUCUUCUUUAUAUUUGUCUUCGGAACACAGUUUCCUUCUGUUCAAUUCUAUCUAUCUAUCUUAUUUUGUUCAUAUCUAUCUAUCUAUCUAUCUAUCUAUCUGUCUACUGUCUAUCUAUCUAUUCAUUAUCUAUCUCAUAUGUUCAUUAUCUAUCUACGUCAGUCUGUUCAUAUUUUUCUAUCUAUCUACCUAUAACUGUCUAUUUAUAUCUAUCUAUUUCUCAGUUUCAUCACAUCUAUUUUCUAUCUAUUCAUAUCUAUCUAUCUAUUUAUCUAUAUCAUUUCAUCCCCAUCCAUUAUCUAUCUAUCUAUCUAUCUAUCUAUCUAUCUAUCUAUCUAUCUAUCUAUCAGUUCAUAUCCAUCAAUCUAAGCCUGUUCAUAUCUAUAUGUGUAUCUAUCUCAUAUCUCCCAAGUCUUUCUUUCGAACUACUUUCUUUUUUUCUUGCUUGCUUUCAUCCACCUCUUACGUUCUUUCUUUCUUUCUUUCUUUCUUUCUUUUUUCAUUCUUUCUUAAUUCUCACUCCCUUCCUUUUGCCUGAAUAUCUUCCCAACUUUUCUUUCUUUUUUCUUUCUUUCUUAAUAUCUCUCUUUUUCUUCCAGCAUCCUAUUUCUUCCUUUCUUUCUUAA